GUGCGUCAGCUGGUACUUUGCGCGCGCGCGCUCGCACUACAGUUCUGUUUCUAUGCGAGAUUUGUUUUCAAAUGGAGGAGUCUUUGAUAUUCCGAUGGGACCAGGAAUACUCAAAGUACGGCGGCUGCAGCGAUAAGCUGGGCCGAAGCGAUUCGGUGUCAUCUGCGAGGUUUGAAUUAAGUUUACGCUGUUAGGGGUAAACAGAGACACUACAGUUUUUUGUGUUUUAUCGGCGCAGGGUAGUUUUCCAACCGGCUUCAUUAGCUUGACGAGCUAGCAUACAUACCAACAGCUGUGGGGCGCUAAUGGGGAUGCGUUGGAAGGUGUUGCAGAGGUGUUUUAUUUAGGUUUGUUUCCACUGCUUUGUAACAUGGACUCUGGUGGUAGUUGUAGGCUGGCAGCGCUGGCUUGUCUCAGAUGAAGACCCUGCUCAAAUAGUUAUGAGCAGUUUCAAUCAAAACCUCCGCAUAAGCUCGUCUUUCAGCGCAGACAGUAAGGGUCCAGCGGUCAGUACUGACACCGGGAACAAGGACUGGGUUCUGGGAAAUGAUGUGUUUUCCUGCUGUCACGAGAUGAGCCUCGUGGACGACUCGAUGCAGGCGGGGAUGUCGUCGGUCCAGCCGGGACUGGACGGUCACCUGCCGCUAAUACGUGCCCAGACCCACGGCUCCCAGGACGGCAUAUUUUUCGACCUGGGCUCCCCGGAAGACUACCUGGACAGCAGCCCGUUAGAGUUCAGGGACAGCGAUGGGAACGGUGUUGGCCCGUUAUUCGAGAGGAGGAAGAGGUCUCGCUCCAACAGCUCCAGACACAGGUUUAACGAGGUGGUAACGGAGCUAGUCCCGGAGGAGGUUCGGUGGUUCUAUAAAGAAGACAAGAAAACAUGGAAGCCUUUUAUCGGACACGACUCUCUUAAAAUUGAGCUAAUGUUUCGGAAAUACUGCGAGCUGAACCCCGGUGCGAUACGCUCCAGGGUCGGCGAUGGAGAGGAGGAGACUGGCGGUAAAUGUGUGGACAGCCCGGGGCAGAACGGCGCAGUGCCCGUGGACACUGGCACUAGCAGCGUGGACGAAGGCCGCGGCUCUCUUGACACAUCUACUGUGUCCUUUGAUGGGACCGACCUGGACGGCACUGAAGUCAACGUGGAGCCUGUGUGUGUUCGGGGAGGCCUUUAUGAGGUCGAUAUAAAAGAGAGAAAAUGCUACCCUGUCUACUGGAAGCAACAAGACCAUAUUCCUGUGAUGAGAGGCCAGUGGUUCAUUGAUGGUAGCUGGCUCCCGCUGGAGGAAGAAGAGAGCGACCUCAUUGAGCAGGAGCACCUGAACCGUUUCCGAGGCCAACAUUUGCAGGACAGCUUUGAGACGGAUCUGGUGGUGAAGACCGUUGAUAGCAAAGAUGCCAUCCACCAUUUGAAGCUGAGCCGGACGCAUGUAGAUUGGCACAGCGUAGAAGAAGUCUACCUUUACAGCGACGCUACCACAUCAAAAAUUGCUCGCACUGUUACCCAGAAACUGGGGUUCUCCAAAGCCUCAAGCAGCGGCACACGGCUCCAUCGAGGUUAUGUAGAGGAGGCCUCUCCAGAGGACCGGCCCCCUCAGACUACCCACGUUGUCUUUGUGGUGCAUGGGAUUGGCCAGAAGAUGGACCAGGGACGCAUUAUUAAAAACACUGGAAUGUUGAGGGAAGGCGUGAGGAAAAUGGAGGAGAAGCACUUUUCUGAGCACAACGAUGAACACGUAGAGUUUCUCCCUGUCGAAUGGCGUUCUAAACUAGCGCUGGAUGGAGAUACGGUUGACUCCAUCACACCAGACAAAGUGCGAGGGCUGCGAGACCUUCUCAACAGCAGUGCCAUGGACAUCAUGUACUACAACAGUCCUCUUUAUCGCGACGAAAUAACCAAGGGGCUCACAGAAGAGCUGAACAGACUGUACUCGCUCUUCUGCUCGCGGAACCCUGAUUUUGAAGAACGGGGUGGAAAAGUGUCCAUUGUGUCUCACUCCCUUGGCUGUGUCAUCACCUAUGACAUUAUGACAGGAUGGGAUCCCGUACGGUUCUGUCUGCAGGAGCAUUGCGCAGUAGAGGAGGAGCAGGAUUUCCGCUGGAUGUCUUAUGAAGAGAGGCAGCUUUUAGAGGAGCUGAGGCUCACAAAGAAUAGGUUAAGAGAGUUGGAAAAUCAACUGGUCAAACUGGAGGCCUCUAAUCCUUCAGCUCCCCCAGCUCUUAAAUUCAAGGUAGAAAACUUUUUCUGCAUGGGGUCUCCUCUAGCAGUUUUCUUGGCGCUGAGAGGGAUUCGCCCAGGCACCAGUGGCCACCAGGACCAUAUCCUGCCCACCUCCAUCUGCAGCCGGCUCUUCAAUGUCUUCCAUCCCACAGACCCUGUGGCUUACAGACUGGAGCCUCUCCUCCUUAAGCAUUAUAGUAACGUUGCACCUGUCCAGAUACAUUGGUGUAGUGCCAGUAACCCUUCGUCCUACGAUGAGGUGCGGCCUACCUUCCUCAAUCCAGUUAAAGAUCCAGCUUCAGAUACGGAGAGUAUUCCCAGCCCGAGUACAUCUCCUGUUUUGGCCCGUAAACACUAUGGAGAGUCUAUCACCAGCCUGGGCAAGGCCAGCAUACUAGGUGCAGCAAGCAUAGGAAAGGGUUUAGGAGGCAUCCUCUUCUCGCGGUUUUCCCGAUCAAACAGCCAACCUUCAGUGUCCUUAGGAGUUGAGGGAGGAGCAAACGCUGAGGAAGAAGAGGAGAAACGCACAGAAAGCCAGUCGUCUUACGGUCUUUCCACAAUAAUUCGACCAACAUCUCCCACUGGUGACGCUUUAUUGGAGCUGGAGAGACGCAUCGACUUCGAGCUGAGGGAGGGUCUGGUAGAGAGCCGCUAUUGGUCAGCGGUGACCUCACACACUGGCUACUGGUGCUCACAUGACAUUGCACUCUUCUUGCUGACCUUCAUAUAUAAUAAGUCAACACCCUCUGCCUCAGCAGAAGAAACUCCGGAAACAGACUGAGGCAUUCGUUACAACACAUACGCCUGAGGAGGUGUCCUGUAACUGCUGAAGCUUUUGUCAAUUCCUGACAAAGCUCAAACAGUGACUGUUUGAUUCUCCCCUUGCAACCUUUCAAAUACAUAAACUAUCUAUC